UGCUUCUACCUAUCCUGUCGGCCCCCGGUUCCAAAGCAUUCUCGUCUUGUCACCCCCCUGGCGGCCCUUGCAAGCACCAGUAUCGACGCAGCGGUGACAAGUCCGCUGUAUCCUUAACCAACCCCAAGCCCAGACACGCCAGUGACAUCAUACCAUGGUGCCGCGCUCUGCUCUCGGCCUCCUCCUCCUCGCUUUCCUAGCCAACCCUCCGGCGAGGGUGCACGCCUGGGGCCCUUGGAGCACCGACGACGACGACUCGGGGGCGACGUCGUGGGACCCGUCAAAUGGCAACUCGGGCGGGCCCUACGGCGGCAACGACGGGUCUUCCUCCCCUUUCGGAGGGGGGUCGGCGGCGGCCGGCUCCGACCUCGAGCUGGCGAUGCAAUACCGAAGGGCCCACGGCGCGCUGGCCUUCGUCGCCUUCGUGGCCCUGUUCCCCGUGGGCGCCUGCAUCAUGCGCAUGGUCCCGGGCCGCCAUACCUGGCUGUGGCACGCCUGCACGCAGAUCCUCGCCACUAUCACCUACAUAGCCGCGGCCGCCCUGGGCCUCACGCUCGUAGCUACCGUCAAGCUGCCGCCUGACGAGAGAAGCUUGCUGGACAUGCCGGGCAUGAGCACGCACAUGGGCAUCGGGCUCGUGGUGCUAGCAGCUGUACUAGUCCAGCCGAUCCUGGGGGGCGCGCACCACGCGCUGUUCAAGCGGCUGGGGCGGCGGACGGGGUGGUCGCACGCGCACCUGUGGCUGGGGCGGGGCGCGAUCGUGCUCGGCGUGAUCAACGGCGGGCUCGGCAUCCGGCUCGCCGACGCCGGCCGCGACUACACCACCACCUACGUCGUCCUCGCCGUCCUCAUGUGUAGCCUGUGGCUCGCCGCCGCCGUCUACGCCGAGGUCUCGCGCUGCCGCAACGCGCGCAAGCAGAGGGGGGACGCGGCGGCGGCGGCGGCGGCGGCGGCGACGUCGCGCCCGCCCGCCCCCCGUCCGCGCCACGGCCGCGCUCCGCUCGACGACCCCACGCCCCCCUACACGCCGACCCCCGUAAACGGCGCCCGGACUGUGAGUGUGUCGCCCCCGCGAGGGGACCACGUGGAGAUGAGGCCCUACAAGAGCGCCUCGGGCGGGGCCGGCAGGCCGGAAGCACGAGAAAGGCCGUAUUCUUACCCGCAACGGUGGGCGUAGGCUUGUUAUAUAAAAUGUGUCUAGCUGCAGGAGAACGUAGAUCUACCCUUGAUAACUCCCCGUUUCGAGGUAUAGGUUUAUCCUAUCCGGAGGAUAGUUAUAAUACGCAUAACCCCCUGUUAUGCUAAUUAAUUACGGGGUUAAAUACCCCUAUAAAUAGCCCUAUAAAUAACCCUAUAAAUAACCCUAUAAAGGGGUGUUAUUUAGGGGAAACUCUGUUUUUACUAGCUAAAAAACGCGCUAUAGGUGCCUAAAAAUGCGUAUACCUAAUAAAAACGGC